AUGCCGACAGGGUCGUGGAGUCUGAUGGAAGAAACUGUUUCGAACAUUCAAUCAGAGGGUCAGUUUCACCAACAGAGUGCUAGUGGCUCCUGUCUUGAGACGAGAUUCGGUCCUGGUGACGGCCAACGAAGCCGUCAAGUGGAACACAACCUGGCAGGAGAGACAGUUUGGACUGGCACAACUCAAGUUGAGCACAAAGUGAUCCAUUGCAUGGGCAACCGAUCGUACGAAAUAAGUCGUAUAGUUCCGAAGAGAUGUGCCGAUCAGAAGAGGAGUUUCACCCAAGGUAAGUGA